AUGCAUGUUCCUGGCCUCCCGUCUGGAUGGGGGGCGGGAAGGAGAACCCCCACCACGGCUCGUCCCGCUAGCUCAUCUUGGCAUCAUCAAAACUGCCACCGGGAAGAGGAGGACAGCUGGGACGACAGGAUGGGUGGACCCCCAACACGGACCCCAGCUCAGCCAGAGCGUUAUGCAGAGGAGAAUGGUUGCAAAAUAUGGAAACCAAGUUUACUGCUUUCCAGAGUGAGGGCGGCUGCUGCGCGGCCGUUGAGUUCCCUUGAGCGCAGUGACAGGUCCGAGGGGGUGAGGGACAAAACCCGAUGUGGCCUCCCCUGGCUCUCUACAACCUCCUCCUUCCCCCAGCACAACCUCUCCUCCCACCCUGCGGGAGAGGGGGCACCGAGGCGGUGGUCGCCGCGCCGCGCGCCUCCCCCGCCGGCCUUUGUCGCCAUCCGAAUUCCCAUGCUACUUUUUUUGACGGGUCACUGGUGGCUCUAUAGGCAGGUGCUACGGCGGGGUUGCCGUAUUUUAGAUAUCCCCUGUAAAGUGUGUGGCGACCGCAGUUCGGGGAAACACUAUGGGGUCUACGCCUGCGACGGCUGCUCGGGGUUUUUCAAACGAAGUAUCCGAAGGAAUAGGACGUAUGUCUGCAAAUCUGGAAACCAGGGAGGCUGCCCGGUGGACAAGACACACAGAAACCAGUGCAGGGCGUGUCGGCUGAAGAAGUGUUUGGAAGUCAACAUGAACAAAGAUGCCGUGCAGCAUGAGCGGGGGCCUCGGACGUCCACCAUCCGCAAGCAGGUGGCCCUGUACUUCCGUGGACACAAGGAAGAGAAUGGGGCUGCCGCACACUUCCCCUCCGCAGCACUGCCCGCGCCAGCAUUCUUCACCGCGGUUACGCAGCUGGAGCCCCACGGCCUGGAGCUGGCCGCCGUGUCCGCCACCCCUGAGCGGCAGACCCUCGUGAGCCUGGCUCAGCCCACGCCCAAGUACCCCCAUGAAGUGAAUGGGACCCCAAUGUAUCUCUAUGAAGUGGCCACAGAGUCAGUGUGUGAAUCAGCUGCCAGGCUUCUAUUUAUGAGCAUCAAGUGGGCUAAGAGUGUGCCAGCUUUCUCCACGCUAUCUUUGCAAGACCAGCUGAUGCUUUUGGAAGAUGCUUGGAGAGAACUGUUUGUUCUAGGAAUAGCACAAUGGGCCAUUCCGGUUGAUGCUAACACUCUACUGGCUGUAUCUGGCAUGAAUGGUGACAACACAGAUUCCCAGAAGCUGAACAAGAUCAUAUCUGAAAUACAGGCUUUACAAGAGGUGGUGGCUCGGUUUAGACAACUCCGGUUAGAUGCUACUGAAUUUGCCUGUCUAAAAUGCAUCGUCACUUUCAAAGCUGUUCCUACACACAGUGGUUCUGAACUGAGAAGUUUCCGGAAUGCUGCCGCCAUCGCAGCUCUUCAAGAUGAGGCUCAGCUAACUCUCAACAGCUACAUCCAUACCAGAUAUCCCACUCAACCCUGUCGCUUUGGAAAACUCCUGUUACUUUUGCCAGCUUUACGUUCUAUUAGUCCAUCAACCAUAGAGGAAGUGUUUUUCAAAAAAACCAUCGGCAAUGUGCCAAUUACAAGACUGCUUUCAGAUAUGUACAAAUCCAGUGAUAUCUAAGCUCUCCAAGUCCCUACUUUUCAGGAUGGGACAGUAUCUGAUGAACUUCUACCCAUGGAGAACAAGCCUCAACUAACAAACCCUUCAGGAAGCAUAAACCUGGGAAUGUGUAGCCUUCAGGAAAAAAUGUCAAUUGACACAAAACAAUUCCAGUAGCUCUGACCUGCUGCCUCACCCAGGGUGGGGUGGCCUGGAAGGAAAGGGGGUGUAAGAGGACCGCCUGAGCAGAGAGGACUCACUGCUACCAUGCCCUGGGAGGGGACCGAAUUCAGGGUUGCCACAGGCCAGGCUAUUCUGCCUCUUACCUGGAAGAUCAGGCUGACCUAUCAACAGCUGAAACAUAAGUAGAAUAUUUUUUUUUCCCUUUUAGCAUAUAAAGUUGGGUAACCAAAUAUAGUUCUGUGUAUAACAUCAUACAGCAGCCUUCAGAACUAUCUUAUGUUGAAGAAUUUAUUUCAACAAUAAUGGUUAGGUUUUAAAUCAAAAGUUUUAUCAAAAGUUUCCCUUCUAUUGUACUACUUCAUAAAGUGGCCUUCAGAACUGAGUUAAUAAGUGAAAGGUAGCUUAUGCUGUGAGAUUUGCUUUUUCUCUCUCUUCUUCCUUUCUCUUUCUUUCUUCCUCUUCCUCCUCCUCCCCUUCCCCUUCCCCCUUCUCCUUCUCCCCCUCCUCCUCCUCUCCUUCUUCUUCUUAAUACCAUAGGCCAGGCAACCUUGUCAAAGGAAUUGGUGGACGAAAAUGAGAUUCUCACCAGGACUUCAGGUUGGAUAACAUCUAAAAAUAGAAGAGCUUUACUAAAAGAACACAAGUCGAGGGAGGAUGAAUAAAAACAGCAAAACCAAAUAAAGUGGAGAUGAAUGAUGGAGUGAGGCAGACUGCUGUCCCAUUAACAUAGUGCUGAAACCAAAGGCAAUGGGGGUCCAAACUCGUGUUUCAGCGAGUCACACCAGACAGUAAAUGAACAGAGACAUGAGACCAGAAGGAACUUCAAGGAGAUGGAUACUAAAGGGCUUCUUGAUCCAAUGCUAACAGCCUGAGACUCUUCAAUGCCUUUCAGAAAACCGGUUUCUAGUAAAGCUUUGAAUGCCUGCACGUGCACACACACACUUCGUCCUACACUAUAAGCUGCUCCUUUGGUAUGAAUCUCUACUUAUGGAAAUGUAGAAACAAACAUUUUAAAAUAGCUGCUGUACUUUUCACAUUUUGAUUUAUUAGGUACUAGCACUGAGGAAAAAUA